GCACCAAAAUGGAUGGCUCCCAGGGGUCCACCGACUACGGUGACCAUGUGGUGUUACGGUACGGUGGUACACGGGAAAUGGUCCCAUUGAUACGUCAUGAACAGAUGCUGGACAUGUUAAUGGAACGUGCACGUCAAAUAGUUCAAGGAUUCGGGAAUUUGGAUACCAGGAAUAUGUACCUCUUCCGCCACGAAUACAACUCCCCUACACUGCUUUAUCCAAUCACUUCGGCAUCUCAAAUUACGUCCGGCUCAAUCCUAGAAAUCAUUCUAGUAGACCGUACAGAAGCAGCUGUUAUCCCCCACGUAGUUGAGCCCGAGUCCUACAUGCGGCCGACAUUUUGUGACUUUUGUGGAGAAAUGCUAACUGGAUUAAUGCGACAAGGUGUAAAAUGCAAGAAUUGUAAUGGAAAUUUUCAUAAAAGAUGUUCAAAUGCUGCAAGGAAUAAUUGUGGUGCUCCUGGAGCUCCGGGAGCUCAGCCUUCCAGACCUCCGAUCCUCCCACCAAUACCUACGACGCCUACGGGGUUCCCGGUGGCUGCUUUGUCAACUCCUACUGGACUCCCACACACUUUAAUCGAACAUAGUUACCGACAGUUUACUGUCUGUAAAGUAUGUGAUCAUUUACUCGUCGGACUCGUCAAACAAGGUCUAAAAUGCCGUGAUUGUGGUGUCAAUGUGCACAGAAAAUGUGCGAUGGAGCUCGCUUCGAACUGUGUUUUGUCGGAAAAUGCCAUUUCUAGAGUCAAUUUUACGGAUCCAGAAGGUCCUGGAUCAUCUUCUUCGGAUAAUAUUCCAUUGUUCCGGUUGCCAGGCCAAGUAGGCACACGAGCAACAGAAAAGAAGAAACUGGAAGGAUGGAUGAUGCAUUUUAUACUUUCGGAUCCAGAAAGACGUCUAAAACAUUAUUGGAUGAUGCAGAGUAAUGCAAUUCAUUUAUAUAAUGAAUAUUCAGAGGGUAUAGGUGUUAACCCGAAUAGGGUAUACCGUAUCAUACCACUCGCUGAGAUUACAUCAGUUGUACAGAAUAACGGGAAGUCUGUACUUGCUAAACAUCCGCCGCAUUGUUUCGAAAUUCGAACCACUACGAAUACGGUUUUCUGUGUUGGAGAGGACUAUCAUGCAUUCUCUGGAGGGCCACCGAAGAAGAUUCCACGUAGUAUGAGUGUUCGACCAUCUUCUAAUACUACAAUGUGGUUUCAGUUCAUCAAAGAAUCACUUCAACCACCAUCUCGAAACGAGGAUAAUGCAGAGCAAGCGCUGGAAUUUGCAAAUUUAUAUCAAGUAUUAAGUGAUAAAACACUAGGAAGCGGUCAAUUUGGAACGGUUUACUCGGCAAUUCAGAGGCAUUCCGGAAAAGAGGUCGCUGUGAAGGUAAUAUCAAAAGAGAGAUUUUCGAAAAAAGGAAGUGGAGCAGAAUCGAUGCGUGCAGAAGUUGCAAUUCUACAACAGACAUGUCAUCCAGGAAUUGUGUGCUUAGAGUUUAUGUGUGAGACGAAAGAUAAAAUAUUUGUGGUAAUGGAGAAAAUGAAUGGUGAUAUGUUGGAGAUGAUUUUGAGUCAAGAACUUGGUCGACUCAACUCCCGAGCCACAAAAUUCCUGCUCGUCCAAAUCCUAUGCGCCUUGAAAUACCUUCACGAUCAGGGAAUUGCACAUUGUGACCUUAAACCGGAAAACGUACUCCUCUCGGAUAUGGGAUCAAACUUUCCGCAGACAAAGAUCUGUGACUUUGGCUACGCCCGAUUCAUUCCAGAGUCACAGUUUAGGAAGACUGUUGUCGGCACACCUGCCUACCUUCCACCUGAAGUGUUACAGAGAAAAGGAUAUAAUAAGUCUCUGGAUAUGUGGUCUGUUGGUGUCAUUAUUUAUGUCACGUUAUCUGGAACUUUCCCGUUUAAUGAGGGAGAGGAGAUAUCGGAGCAAAUCCAAAAUGCGUCCUUUAUGUUCCCUACGGAGCCAUGGAGUGAAGUAGAGCCUCUGGCAGUUGAUUUGAUUCAAAAAUUGCUGAAAGUGGAGAUCGAAGCUCGAAUGUCAAUCGAACAGUGUCUGGAUCAUGGAUGGUUGAAAGGAGAACAACUGUAUCGAGAUUUGAGGGAUUUGGAGGUUCGACUAAACACGCCGAGAUACCUGACAAGUCCCCAGGAUGAUAUACUAUAUGGGACACUUGUGAAUCCGUGAGCAAUCGCGCUCUAUUGGACUCUAUUGAACUAUUGAACUUUUUGCCACUUAGCCUACUUGUCUAGACUUUCUUGUAUAUAUUAUAUUAUUCAUGUUUUAAUUAUUGUGAUGAUAAACUACAGACUACAA